AUGACGUCUUCUUCCUCACAACAGAAGCUCAAAGUCGGCCUGCUCGGCGCUACGGGCACAGUAGGUCAGCGAUUCAUCCUUCAACUUGCUGAUCACCCGCAAUUCGAGCUCGCCGCUCUGGGUGCAUCGUCUUCUUCGGCAGGUAAGCCGUACUUGGAAGCAGUACAAGGGAGGUGGAAGCAGAUCCGAAGGGUUCCCGAUAAUGUUGCACAGAUGCCCGUAUACGAAUGCAAGCCGGAAUACUUUGCCGAGUGCCAAGUAGUCUUCUCCGGUCUGGAUUCAGGUCCAGCUGGACCCGUCGAGGACGCUUUCCGUAGAGCCGAGUUGAGAGUGUUUUCCAAUGCAAAGAACUACCGUACCGAUCCAUUGUGCCCAUUGGUGGUGCCACUGGUCAACCCGGAGCACAUGGAGAUCUUGCCAUUCCAGAGACAGCAAGUGGGGACCAAGAAGGGAUUCAUCGUUACCAACGCCAACUGCUCUACCACGGGCAUCGUCGUACCGCUGAAAGCGCUCGAGGCCAAGUUUGGACCGCUGGAAAAGAUUCUAGUCAACACGAUGCAGGCCAUUUCGGGUGCUGGUUACCCUGGAGUUUCUUCGCUCGACAUCUUGGACAACGUUGUGCCGUUCAUCAGCGGUGAGGAGGAGAAGAUCGAGUGGGAGACCGCCAAGAUCUUGGGUGGCAUCAAAACGGACAAAACCGCUUUUGACUACCAUGAAGAGCACCCACUCAAGGUUUCGGCGCACUGCAACCGUGUUCCGGUCAUCGAUGGCCACAUGGAGUGCGUUUCUGUGUCGUUCAAGAACCGACCUGCACCCUCGGUUGACGAGGUCAAAAAGUGCCUGCAAGAGUUUACCACGGAAGCACAGACCAUCGGCGUUCACUCGGCUCCUAAGCAGGCCAUUACGGUGCACGAGGAGCAGGACCGCCCGCAACCACGCCUCGAUCGUGACUGGCAGAACGGUGCUGGUGUCAAUGUCGGAAGGGUACGCGAAUGUCCCGUGUUUGACAUCAAGUUUGUCGUGCUCUCGAACAAUGUCAUGAUCGGUGCUGCUACCAGCUCGGUCAUGAACGCAGAGAUCGCGCUCGCCAAGGGUUACCUUUCGUAA